UGAAAGCUCUAAUUUGGACCUAUCCCUCAUUUCCCCCUUCUUCUUCUUGAACUCAAAGUGUCUAACUUUUGUUGCUAAUAUAACAUGUUGUGUUGUCGUUCAAUAUUAUCUUUACAUGUGGUCUUUUUAUUCUAUGUUGUUCUUUUAUCCGAAGGGAAGAUGCAGCUACCAAAAAACAUGACUACGAAGGCCGUUUUUAUGUUCGGAGAUUCCAUAGUUGAUCAAGGAAAUAAUAACAAUAUGACAACCAUAGUCAAGUGUAAUUUUCCACCUUAUGGGAAAGACUUUGUUGAUGGAAAGGCAACUGGAAGAUUUUCGAAUGCCAAAACACCGGCAGACUUGAUAGUGGAAGAACUUGGAAUUAAAGAGCUAAUGCCAGCUUAUCUCGACCCCAAAUUGCAAGCUGAAGAUCUUAAAACUGGAGUAAGUUUUGCAUCAGGAGCUUGUGGAUACGACCCUCAAACAGCUGCCUUUAUGUCAGUGAUGCCACUAUCUACUCAAUUAAAUUAUUUUCAAGAAUAUGUUGGGAAGCUAAAGGGACUGGUUGGAGAAAAAGAAGCCAACAACAUAAUAAACAGCAGCCUAUACUUUGUGGUAGCUGGAAGCAAUGACCUUGCCAACACCUACUUCACAAUCGGAUUUCGCCAGAAGCAGUAUGAUAUUAACUCAUAUACUGAUUUUAUGGUGGAUGGAGCUGCAGAUUUUAUCCAAGAAUUGUACAAGUUGGGAGCAAGAAAAAUAGGAGUUUUUGGGAUUCCACCAGUUGGUUGUUUGCCAUUGCAGAGAACAAUAAGUGGAGGUAUAGCUAGACAAUGUAUAGAGGAAUACAAUGAAGCUGCUCAAUUGGCCAACACUAAGCUUUCUACUGCCAUUAAUGAUACACUAUCCAAGAAGUUGCCUCACUCCAAGCUGAUUUUCAUUGACCUCUAUGAUCCUAUGCUUGAUCUCAUUGUCAACCCUCAAAAAUAUGGAUUUGAAGUGGUAGAUAAAGGAUGCUGUGGUACAGGAAGCAUAGAGGUGGUCUUUUUAUGCAACAGAUACAUGAGUAGUACAUGUGAAGAUGACACAAAAUAUUUGUUUUGGGAUAGUUAUCAUCCCACUGAAAGAGGCUACAGGGUCCUAGUUGAUCAAAUGAUGAAAAAGUAUAUCAAUAGUUUCACAUAAACAUUGAAUAUCAAGAUCCAGGAUAUUGCUUCCCCCAGACAUUGGGAAAAAGCUCACAAAACAAGUGUGCGCCUUUUCGUCCGUACUUCAUUACUGUCCUAAUAUCUGUAUUGAUUGAGUUUUUUUUUGUUCUUUUAUAUAGAAUGUGUUUGUGUCCUACACAAGAGUUUGAACCUUUAUACAUCUUAUGUUUUUUCCAUUUAGAUACCUAAAGGGUUUUGUAUUGUUGAGAUUUAAAGAAAUCCCGAGUUUGUGCUUACUUUAUAUUAGGAAUCCAAUGGCAAAAAGCUAAUUACAUGGCCCUA